AUUAACUGGAUGUAAGCGUGUGUUCCUUUACACGUCCGAAAUUCAUGGCACACGAUUUCGUAAUAAAAAUAAUUGCUUUAGCAGCUUUUGGCUACCGGGUUUACUAUAUAAGCCCCUUACUGUGACAGCUUCUUCAGACAGUUCUAACUCAUGUAUUGGAAAUUGUGUUUACAAAAUGUUAAGGAAAUUCAUUUGCUUGUUUGUGCUGAUUAGUGUAAUCGUCUUCAUCAGCAAAUUGCCAAGUGUCAAUUACACUCUUGACGAUGCAACAGAACCAUUGGCAGCUGCUGCAGAUGGAGAUACGUUAGAGGCUGAUGCAGAUUCAUUAGACGCUGAUGGAGAUUCUCCAGACGCUGAUGCAGAUUCAAUCGACGCUGAUGGAGAUUCCUUAGACGCUGAUGGGGAUUCAAUAGGUUCUGAUGGAGUAGUUUCGAAAGAAUUACUUAUAAUAUCGGAUUCUGAACCAGAGUUACUUAUAAUAGAAUCCUAACAGAUCCAUUAGAAAUUGGCGAUUCACAAUUGCCUAUGCUAUUGGAUAGUCGUAAGAAAUGAAAUGAAAUGAAUUAAAAUUUUGGAAAGCAAAUAGUAAAAGAAAAUAUUGACUCCAAAGAUAAAUAUAAUAUUGAAACCAGCAUAAUUUUAUUACUGCUUUUUACUCAC